UACUGGAAUUGAACUUGAACUCCCUAUAUGCUACCUUUUGGGUUGUAUUUAAUGAUCUACGCAGUUUGCUCGAGGCCAACCGUGAGUCACGUUUUUUUAAUUGGGGUGAAAUUAAAGAGAUUUUUUUUUUCCUUUUUGGUGGCUGGAAAGUGCACCCAGCUGAAAACCAUCAACCAUUUAGACUCCAUGCUUCAUUUGAAUUGUGAUUCUGGACGAAAGUCAAGGAUGACAACUUGUUUUCGAGCACUUUGCUGCAAGGGACCACCACCUGCUCGCCCCGAAUAUGAUUUGGUUUGUAUAGGUCUCACAGGCUCUGGGAAGACCAGUCUGUUGUCCAAGCUCUGCAGCGAAAGCCCGGAGAACGUUGUGUCAACCACAGGUUUUAGUAUAAAGGCAGUGCCAUUCCAGAACGCCGUUUUGAAUGUAAAAGAACUUGGAGGAGCUGACAAUAUCCGGAAAUACUGGAGUCGCUACUACCAAGGCUCUCAAGGGGUCAUAUUCGUAUUAGACAGCGCCUCCUCAGAAGAUGAUCUAGAAACUGCUAGAAACGAGCUGCACUCUGCUCUCCAGCACCCACAGUUAUGCACUUUACCCUUCUUGAUAUUGGCUAAUCACCAGGACAAGCCAGCAGCCCGCUCAGUACAAGAGGGUAUGUUUUUUUUCCCCUCUCCUUCCGAAAGCUGCAGCGCCUCGAGUGUCUUAGGAUUAAAGUGAUUAAUGGGAAUGACGUUGCCCUUCAUCUGAAGAAGCAGAUAAGGAACAAGGAGUACGAUGUGAUUGAGCUCGGCUAACACCUUUGUUCCUGUGUCUGGCUUCCUACCAACUCACUCUAAUUGCAUAGGAUUAAUUUGAAUGAUUUAUUCUAAUUUCACAGUAUUAAAUGGAAGAGAGAGCAUGUAUAGAUACUUUUCAUUUGUUUAAAACAAAACAAAACAAAACAAAACAAAACAGUGAAACACUGUGAUUUAUUACUCAGCCCACAGAGCUGUCUGUGGCUGCCUCCGUUCGUCUUCAAGACUCCAUUGGAUUCUGGAAUGUAUGUUUGACAGUAAUUAAAGGAAAUUAGCGGCCUGGUGUUGCACUCCUUUAAUCCCAACUCAGGAGGUAGAGGCAGGCAAAUCUCCGAGUUUGAGGCCAGCCUGGUCUACAGAGCAAGGUCUAGGACAGUCAGGGCUGCACAGGGAAACCCAGUCAUGAAAAGCCCUCCCACAGCCCCCCUCCCAAAAGAGAAAGAGAAAUAGCCGUUUAGGUCAUCGCCAUUUAGGUCAUCAGCAUUCAGCUCUCCUACACUGCAGUUGUGAUGCCUCCUGGAUCUGUUCUUAGCGUCCUGGUCUGUGGGAUCACCCGGCCCCAUCAGACUUUCUGUCUGCAGAAGGAAUAUGAAGGAAUAUGCCGCCAUGGGGUGCCACCAGUGCUGUGUCUGUUUACCUUGCGAGGUGCCUUACUCUCAAGUACAUUGUCAUCCACACAGGCAGUAUGGAAACCAAGUCUUCCUAUAAAUAUAGUUAUCUCUGUAUAAAAGUGUGUAUGACAUGUUAGAAUGAUGUUAGAUGUAGUAGCCGACAGGAUUUUUUUUUUCAGGUUUUUAAAGAAGCUUUUUCUUAGAUAACGAAUCACAAAGACAAACUUUUUUGAAAAGUUUAUUUUCAUCAUUUUCAAUUCUGUGGGGAAGGGAACGUGAAUGUGAGUGUAGAUGGCCUCCCGGAGGCAGCGGGCGACAGAUCCCCCGGGAACCGAACUUGUAUCCUCCGGGAGAGCAGCGCAUGUUCUCUACACUGGGCCAUGUCUUCAGCCCCCAACAAAAACAUUAUUUAAACUUAAUACAUGAUUCACAGCACUCUCUGUAGGAAUUAAAGACUCACAUUUAGUGAAGGAAGCUUCUAGCAGUUAAUUGGUUCUGAGUUUUCCUCAUGUGUGUUAACUAUAUCUCCUUAAAAAACAAACAAAAAAAAAGCACAAAUAAUUUUCUUAGGUGAUUUUGCUUGUAAAUAGAAUUUAUAGAAUACCAGUUUGAAGAUAUUUUAAGUAAAGCACUUUUCCCUUGUCAACACAGAACAACACAUAUCAUACAGGUACAUGUUUGCAGAACAUUUUGGAGUAUUUUAUAGGGUACGGGGAACAUUCCUUGGUAGACCUAAAGUCUGUAGGCGCAUAAGGAAGAGCUCACCCUAGCUUCAGUUUGGCUAUGAAGAGAAAGCGAAGCAUCCAGUCUUUCUCUUAAUGACAAAGAGGUUACUCUCUAUAGUGUGUUUCUGUAAAGCCCGGUUGAAGUGUUUUAAGAAUUAAAUCAAUACCGUAUUGUUAGCAUAAAAAUGGAGUUGUGAAACUGAAUCUCCCAUGUUGUAUAAACAAUAACGUCAAACCGGGUUGGAAACAGCAGGCCAGAGUAGGACAUUUAAAAGCAGAGUCCCCAGCCACUUGAAAUACAUUUUAGACGCUUGUGUAGAAAUGACUGUAGACAUCUUUCUGAUGUUCUUCCUUUCGUUCAGAUGCCACUUGCUCUGUGCCUUACAGCUGUGUGAACAUCCGUUUGUUUGUGCCUACUAGUUUGCAUGUAUAUUUGGAGGCUCUUUGAGUGUUAGAAGGUUGAUAUUUUACUCUGCAAAGGAUCUAAUUUUUAAGGGGGAAAUUCUGCUAAGAAAAAAAAGAAUCAAGGAAAAUAUAUUCAGCUUACCAGGAAGCGCCAACAGAAUGACAUGGUUAGGAAACAAGUGUGCCCUCUUAGACUUGUUGAUGCUCUCUUCCUGAAAAUUGCUCUAGUUUAUGUUUUCUGGGGGGGAAACGUGCCAGGAUUUGUCUGGUCGCUCGAGUAAGAUUUAAGAAUUCACAGUGUUUAUUGAGAUAACUGCUAACUUAAAAGUGGACAGGAGCCAGCGAGACCCAGAGGAGAAGCAGGAGUAGUCGCCAGGGUUCUGACGAGAUAAAAAUCAUCAGGAAGUUAAAUAUUUUAGCUCCAUCUCAUGCUGUGCAUGUUGCUGUCUGUAUGGAGCACGGAAUUAAGAAAGGAAGACAAUGGUGAAAAUUACUCCAUAACCCACAAACAGGCAGCUUGCCCAACUCUCUCAUUGCCCUUGGAGAAACAAGAGGAAUCUUGUACGUAGCCUAUCUUUCCCUUCCCUUCAACACUCACCUGGUAGUGAUUUGUUCAGCUUACCAGAAUUUUAAGAUUCUGUGUCUUGAAAGUUGAUAGUAGGAGCAUACAUUGUUGUUUUUUUUUUUAAAACAAAACAAAACAAACAAAUGCCAUGGGAAAAUACUUGGUAAAAGGACACCCUAUAUACUGCUGGAAAGCCAGACAAUUCUUACACCAGAUGUUUCUUCUGCUCACUGUAGGGGAGGUGUGGUUGCUGUAGUUUUCCAGGAUAUAUUCAUAUCAUCCACUUUUCUCUAUGGAAAACAUACCGGAAAAAGCUCGGCUCGUGCCAAGUGGCCCAGUUGAUCGAUGAGGAGGAAAUCUGGUCUAAUUUAAAUGGUAAAGCUGCUGCAGAAUGAGAACUCUUCAGAGUAAAUCGUUGGGAUUUUUAUUUGUAUUGAAUUGUAAUUGUAUCUAAUUUGUUUUACAACUCCCUUCGGAGAGCUUACUUCAGUUCUGAAGUUACUAAGUAGACCAGGAGUAUUUUAUGAGAAGUUAAGUUGAUGUAGUACUCAAUAAUGUAAUCCUAUUUUCUCUCUACAUAGUUGCUGACCACCAUUUUUUUUACUUCCCUGCUUUUAAAAAAAAAAUCUUAUUUUUGUUUUAUUGGUUUUAUCAGGCCAUAUAAAAUGACACAUUUUGUUAACAUGAAAGAAACAGUCCUUAUUUUUGGCAAUUUUAUUUGACUCGUGUUCAUAAGGUAUCCUUAAUUCAGAAUUAUGUAACCUUUUCAAAAGUGCUACAUUAGAAAAGCACUAUUGAAUGUCUUUAUUGCUGCAAAUAUUAACUGAAAAAUAUGAAGACCGUGAAACAGAUUUUUGAAGCAGAAUUACAAGGCCCAGUGACUUGAUUAGUUUCCUGCUUCAUUAAUUAUACCUUGGGAAAUACAGAUUCUAAAUUAGAGUGUCAAUACCACACUGAAAUUUGUGAUUAUAGUGUCUGUUAAUUUUUGAUGUCCUGUGUGUGCAUGGAGCAUGGUGUUAUAUUUGGAAAUGAUAGAGUAGAAAUGUGAAAGCGUUUUAAAGCAUUACCGGGUUCUUUAGACCAUGUUUCUUGGAGGAAUAUAUACGUUCAGUUUUUCUAAGCAGUGCAUUCGAUUCUCAGGGGUUUUAAUCUGCAGGCAGCAUGCAUCUGGAAGAUGCAUACAUGUGAUUUUUAUGGCAUUUAUCUAUCACGCUUAAUCGUAAUUCCCGUGUAGGAUAGUCUUCAUGUUGCACACCUUUCUCCUUUCUUUAAUACGCGUCACCAAGCCAUGCAUCCCUAGUUCUCAUCCUUUAUUUCGUAUUGGUAAUGCUCAACUACAGGGCAGUUCUCUUGAGUAGUUCUAUGAAGGAACUGUAGACAAGGAUCCUCUCAGAAUUUCCACGACGAUGACAAAUCUUUUAUUAGAAAACGUGCAGCACUGUUAAAAUUGUAUAAAGCGCUUAGUUCACCGAAUGUCACUUUCUGUGUGUGGGGGACAACAGUUCUCAUUGGGAAGUGUGCUGUACUCGAAGCCUGAGGAGUUCUCCGUGUAUCUUGACCUGCCUCUUGGCAGCAUCUUAGAAUACUGAUUUGAUUUCACAUAGAGCAGCGCACAUACCUAUGGUGUGAGCAGUUUGGAAACUCCCUUAUGGGACGGAUACUUAUUCUAAAAUGAUAUAAGAGAUACAGAUAAUUUUGUCUGUUCCUUACAGAUGUCCUCCACACUGUUAGAAUUAAAUUUUGCGAGGUAAUGACAGGGUUUGGGAGUCUGUCCUCCACUGAACGACUUGGUUAUUUCUUUAAAAUGCUCCCUGGCCUACAAGAAGAGCUGAGUUAGCAGUCCCCAUUAUUAGUUUGCAAAGACAUCAUUAUGAAAGUGCACUUUAAAGAGCAACUUUGGAGCUGAGAGGACUGAGGUCAUCUGACGCGUAGUAUAGUCAUUCAAGAUUCUAUGUGCAUUCCUUGAGAAAAAAAAUUAACUUCUUAAUUUUGCAUCUGUCCUGCUUCCUCUCACCAUUCUUCCUUGUUACCUGUGUUUCUUGCAUCUACUAGGGAGUGAAAAUGUCCCAAGUCUACUGUAAACUAAUAAAAUCCUCAUUCCCAAACAAAUUGGUUACCUCAGAAAGGGACAUUUUUACCCAGGAAAUUGUUCUGAUGGGUCAGUAAAGAAACACAUUUCAAAAUAGGACAGCACAUGCUCCUUAAAACAACCCCUUUCCUGUUUUCCUCCUUUCUUCCGCCUUGGCAAGUCUUCAUCUCAUGUAAGGCUGGGAGGUUGGGAACCUGUCAAGGCUACCUAAUUCCUCCCGGGGGUCCAGAUACUUCUGUGUCCUUUUCUCCCUUGCCCUGUGGAGCCUCUCUGCAGAUGUCAGUCCUUCACCGUCAGCUUCCUGGCUUCCUGCUGCAGUUUACCUUCAAGCUGCCUCAGUUUGGCUCUGCUUCUCCCUGGAAUCGGAGAGAACCACACUCCCUCUCUGUUUUCCACCAUGUCUUUCAGUGGUACUGUUUUCCGGCUUACCCGGAGUUGGGCGAAACUCCACAGAUCUCAAAUGCCAUGUGCCUUGUAACUGGAUUUCUCUGUCUUUCCUGCUGAUCCCUACCUCUCAUUAUUCCCAUUUCCCCAAGAAAGUUACCCUAAGACCACAUCACAGCUGAAAGUCUUCUCUGGUGCCCGUGACCACUUAGGUACACAUUCCCGAUCUCUGCUAGCACCCUGGACUUACCCAGGUCAUCAUAUUAAAACGACUUGUCUCUUAACUUUGCUCCCAACUUCUGAAAUCCGUAAGCCCCUCGAAGGAUUAUGACUUAUGUGAGUCUUUGUUCCAUGUUGGUGUUUGAAAGAACGACUACCUCUGGGCCUUCUCCCACAUGCCUUCCUGCUGGCCCACUGCUGCCUGAGUUGUCCAGAUCACUGAAUGCUAUCUGUAUAUAGUCCGACUCUGCCCACCCCAUUAGAGGAGCGCAGAAACAUUGCUUUUCCUGGGCUCCAAACCUGCUGUGUGCACGUGCAGAGUACCUUCUCUGCAGGGGACCCUCAGCACUCUGCCUGCACCACAGUUUUUAGAGCUUUAAGCUGUUAAUUAUUGCAUUUGCAAAUGAUUGAUCUCCCUUGCUUUCACUUGUGUUGGUUAGAGAGCUAUUUAAUAGUGGUCCUUGUUACGAUUUUCUUCCCGAAAUUCUCAUAAAAAGAAGCAGGUCUCCUGACCAAAUAAUAAUCUUUUAAUUUGUUUAAAUAAAUAAAAAGAACCUUUUUUUAAAAAACCAUAGUGAGCUCGCUUCCUUCACUAGCAUUGGACACUUUUACUGUUUCUAUUUCUCACGCGAAGAGCAGUCCACAUGAAGUUCUGAGUAAAUACAGUGGAGGUGGUUUUUAAAGUAAUGAAUAUGAUUUAAUAAGAACAAGUUUAGCCUUUAAUGAAAUAAUUUCUUAUAUUGGUGAAACCGGACUUUGUAAAAUAUUUUCUUUAUUUAUACAUUUUGUAACAAAGAAUCUUAUUUGUUGAAGUCAGAGGCAGGUUUUAUUAAACAAUAUAAACAGUAUUUGUUGUUUGGAUUUUAGUAAUUAUACAGAUAUAUUAUCUUUCCUACCUAUAUUUCAAGUUUGUAUUCUGUAAAAUGUAGUAUUUCAUUAAUUAUUAUUCAUUAAAGUCAUAUGUUAUUUUUGAGUCUAUAGUGGCAUUCAGAAGGAAGUGCUGAAUUUUUAUUUAUUUAUUUAUUUAUUUAUUUCAUUUGCAAAAGAAAGCUCAGUUCCAGUUCAUAGCUAACAAAGUUAAUAAAACAUUUGAAGAUAGAUACAUAGUUAAUGUCAGUAAGUUGCUUUGAAGAUAAAAAGCACAAUAAGCGUUAGUUAUUAUCAUUAUGAUAAUUAUUAUCAUUAUUAUUAUUACAUAGUGUCUGCUUAAAAAAUACCCUUAGUUUCUCUGGAAUGGCUGAGCCUAAUGAGAGAGGUUAAUAUGCUGGAUUUUAUCCAGGGCUGAGGAUUUGAGACUUAAUACACUAAAGAUUUUUUUUUCCCUUCAUUAGAUCAAGAUGUUUUUGUUCUUUCUGUCCCCUCCCCCAAAUUUAAAAAAAAAAAAAACUUCCUUUAGAUUUGGUAACCUGGGAGUUAUUUUUAAUAGUUUCUUUCCUUAUAUAACUUCUGAAAGCAUUGUCUAGAUUUUUUUUUUUAAGAGUCUGGAAAGUUCAUGAUGAAUUUCUUUUCACAGAUCUUGUCUGUUAGCUAACUAUUUAUAAGUUGAAGAGAGCCCAAAAUUAUAAUUUUUGUAUUUAAAAAAUAGAGCAUGAACCAUGGGAAUGAAGUAUGGAUACUUCGCUAGUCCUUAAUUUUUUUUUUUUUUUAUAAUGAGAGUCUGUCUUUGGGAAGUUGCAAAAAUAGCUCUUGCUAUAACCGCGUAAAGUAAUCUCAGUGAGAAUAUCUUAAGGGAGCUUCAUUAGAUUCUUCAGAAUGAAAACCUUCAGAAUUAAGUACAAUUCCAUACAAGGUAAAUCCCUUACAAGAUGACUGCAAAGAUCAGCAUCAGAAGCCCAGAGAAAAGAAAAUAUGGAAACAUUGUAGCAGGCAUAAAAGUCAGAUGUAGUCCCGGCUUCAUAAUCAAUAAGACAUUAGUGACAUGUCUGAAGAAGACAUUCCCUAAUAUUAUUGCAAAUUAAGUAAUAAAAGACCCCAAGAGAAUGAAAGAAAAGGUGGCUGGAGCCACUGAAUUACAAUUGACAACCUAAGGCAGUUGAAGAACCAAUUGCUGGGGGGAUCGCAAAGCUAUUCAUGUUGUGCAGCAGACAGGGCACAGCAGAAAGCUGGAACAAUGCCUUCUGUUCAGCAAUAUUGCUUCAAAAGAAUGGAGAGAAGGGGACGGGAAGAGCCACUGACCCCGAGACCGAUUUCCAGGCAGCUGCACAAACUAUAUACUGUAAUUAAAGGUUUUGACCAGUAAUCACAGCAGAGCCAGACCACAGAAAGUCUGGGGAGCCGGCAAGGUUCCUAAUGAGGCCGGCAUCUUUUACUACAGCGCGGAAAAAGCAGGUAAGAACACGGUCCUUUUCUGGACAUGAUGGAGAACACUCUGCUGUGUUCUCACAAAUAUGAAAAACAAAACAAACAAAAAACAAAAACCGUGUGCAGGGCCUCCUACCUCUGAAAAUAAAAACAUGAAAGAAAAAAUAAAA